AUGUUACAGUCAAAAUGGGCCUCGAAGCCCGACACGGCCACCAGCGACUCUCAGAAGCCCGAAUCCAUAGCCACCGAGAUAGCAGCGCCCUCAGUCGACGCGCGAGGUGCCCCUGCGGCGACGGUCGCUGACGCAGCCCCAGUACAAGCCGACCAUGUCCCUGCGUCCUACGACCCUGCCUACGAUGACCCCUCGAUUGACCCCUUUGCUCAGACGGCAAGUACCGACGAUCUCUUCUUCGACGAUGAUAUGACGCCCAUAGCUGAGCCCGUCAUUGAGCAAGAGCCCGUUGAAUUGCAAGCGUCUGCCGCCGAGUUUGUCCCCAAGGAGGCGCAGCCACCGACCUCAUCCCAGGCGCAUCUGGCUCCCCACGCCCCGCGCGAGCCACGCAAUGGUGAUAGAGGAAACCGCGGUCGUGGCAGAGGCAGGGGCCGUGGACGCGGUCGCGGAGCCAACUACAUCGACGUCCGUUUAGAAGAGAAGGAGCCAAUCCUGCACGAGGCAGAUAAGAUGGCGGAGCUCACACCAGCAGCCGUAGAGAAGCCAUCUUCUGACAACGCAGCGACCCCACCGGUGCCCGCAUCUGCCCCAACAGAGCCCAAAGAGAAGCCUACGCACUCGGUUCGUGGCGAUAGAACGUUGACUGGUGGAGCGGCACGCACGCGCCUGACCGAGGAACAGCUAAACGCGAAGCUCGCCAACAUGCGCUCCAAGAAUGAAGCGCUGCAGACUGCCCACGCCCGCGCCGAGGCUGACCAAGCCAAUUUCGAGGCCCGGGAGGCCGUCCUCAAGCAGCAAGAUAUCGAGAAGAAGAAAGUGCAGGCGGAGAAGCAGAAAGCUGAGCGCCAAAAUCGCCAGCAGAUGAUGGGCGAGCGCGAGAAGAACCGUCUGAGAAAAUUGAAUGCCCAAGGCGGCCGCGAGUGGGACUUCGAAAAGGAAGAGGGCUUCUCUGGCACGGGAGAGGAGAAGAGGCGCGGCGCGGCGCGAGGAGCACACGGAGGCAUUGCACCUACGCGGCCCAGUGAAGAUUCUCACGCAGACGAGCCCAUGGAAGAAAAUGCGUAUUCCCACUCUCAGCGCGGAAGGGGCCGCGGCAGGGGGGGACGGGGUGGUCGAGGCGGGCGUGGCGAUUAUGAAAGCUCCAGACAGCCAGAGCCGAGGAAACACAGCUCGCAGCAAGCGCCAUCAGCAGCAGACUUCCCCGAACUGCCUUCCGCUACAGGGUCCACACCCAAGGACAAUGGUGCGCCGAAAGUGCUAGACUUCCCAACGAAGGGGAAGACGACGGGAAUCAAGAAAGCGGACCCUGUACGACCCGAUCUUCAGAAACAAGAAUCAUUUGGCCUCCCAUCUCCUCUGGAGAAAGGUCGCAGUUGGGCGGACGAGGUCGGCUCGUAG